UUGCCCUGUCGUGGGACAUCAGGGGAGAGAUGAAGAGUCGCGGUAACGAAAAUACGCCCCCACAAGCGGGCGGUGCCUGGGCCUCACCCUCACGAGAAUAAAUGACCUCGCAUUUCUGCUCCUGACAAAGAUGAUCAUGGCAUGGCGCCCAUGUGGUGGGUCCUCUUGAAAUCGUCUGUUCGGGGGGGUAAAAACUCUUCUCUUCUCAACCAUAGAUCCAGCAAAAAGAAACGUUCUGCCACCGACCAAAGUGAACCGCACCAAACUUUCCGACUACUGGCAGCUCCGUUUCCUUAGUUCUGGCUCUAUAUAAUAAUGCUUCAAGGGCUGUGUUGGAGCAGGAAGAAGAGAGCAGGUGUGUGUGAGUUGCAGUAAAGUUUUGAAGAUCGAUCUCAUUUCUUCCGGUCAAGGGGGGGGGGGGGGGGAGUCUACCACCAACGCCUCUUCUUCUUGAAGCUGUUUCGGAUGGCAACUGAAGCAGAGACUGUUGCUGAAGAUGCUUCCCUAUCUGCCAAAAGGUUGGAAGGGAAAGUGGCGAUCGUGACGGGAGGAGCGAGAGGGAUCGGGCGGACCACGGCGGAGCUCUUCCACCAGCACGGCGCUAAGGUCAUCAUCGUGGACGUGCUGGACGAGCUUGGGCAGUCCGUCUGCGCGGCGCGGGGAGACCCCGACGGCUUCCUCUACUCCCACUGCGACGUCACCGUUGAGGCCGACGUCGCCGCGGCCGUCGACCUCGCCCUCGCCCGCUUCGGCCGCCUCGACAUCAUGGUCAACAACGCCGGGGUGAGCGGCGCGGGGGAUCGCCACGACAUCCGGGAGGUCGACCUCGACGGAUUCCGGAGGGUUUUCGCCGUCAAUGUCGACGGCGUCUUCUUGGGCAUCAAGCACGCGGCGCGGGCUAUGGUUCCGAGGCAGAGGGGCAGCAUCGUCUGCCUCGCCAGCGUGGCCUCGACCAUCGGAGGGGUCGGUCCCCACCCAUACGUGGCGUCCAAGCACGCCGUGCUGGGUCUCGUCCGCAGCGCCGCCGCGGAUCUCGGCCGCCACGGCGUGCGCGUGAACUGCGUCUCCCCCUACGCCGUGGGCACCCCGCUGGCUCUUCCCUUUUCCGAGGGCGGCGAGUCCUCUGCCCUCCACGAUUUCCACCGCUACGUCGGCCAGUUCGCCAACCUCCAGGGCGUGAACCUCACCGUCGACGACGUCGCCCUGGCCGUGCUCUACCUCGCCGGUGAUGAGUCAAAGUACGUGAGUGGUCUCAACCUUGUGGUCGAUGGUGGCUUCUCCUGCGUCAACCACUGCUUCGGCAUUUACAGGCCAUGAAAAAAACGCACACCACCCACAUCGCCAACACGAUGGAUGGAGAUGAUUCCAUUAGUAGGUCUUAGAAUGCGAUUACGAUGAUGAUUAUGAGAAUAAGGAAGGAAGGAAGGGACUAGGAAGUGAUGGUUACCUUUCCGCCAGUUUUCCUUUUUAUGACAAUAUGUGGAGUACUUUGAGAAAAGUGGUUCUGAAUGAAAUGAGUAAAGGCGCCGAAGUUGUUCACAGAUCCAA